GGCGAAGCUCUUGCUGAGCGCGCCGCGAGUUGUUGAGUUCAUUUCGCUGGGCAGGGGAGGCGAUUUCCCCCCCCCCCUUUGUUGGUGUCUCUCCCGGGAGGGCGGCAGAGGCCGGCGAUGCCCGAGUUCCUGGCGGACCCGUCGGUGCUGACCAAGGAGAAGCUGAAGAGUGAGCUGAUCGCCAACAAUGUGAGCCUGCCGGGCGGCGAGCAGCGCAAGGACGUGUAUGUGCAGCUCUACCUGCAACACCUCACCGCCCGCAACGCGCCCGCCGCGCUCGCCCAGCCCGACUUCUCCAGCGACGAGGAGAGGGAGCCCACCCCGCUCGGCGCUAGAAGCAGAGGAGGAGCCGCCCCCGGCCGGAAAGCCACAAAGAAAACAGACAAGCCCAGGCUGGAGGAGAAAGAUGACCUAGAUGUAACAGAGCUCAGUAAUGAAGACCUUCAAGAGCAACUUGUAAAAUAUGGAGUGACCCCUGGUCCAAUUUUAGCUACUACAAGAAAGAUCUAUGAGAAGAAAUUGCAGAAACUGAAGGAACAGGGCCCAGAGUUGGGGUCAUCGACACCUCUACCAACAGUUUCUUCAUCAGCUGAGAACACCAAACAGAAUGGAAAUAAUGAUUCUGACCAGUACAGUGACAAUGAAGAAGAUCCCAAGGUAGAGUUCAGACUUGAGAAGAGAGAACCACUGAAAGCCAAGACAAAGACUCCGGUAACACUCAAACAAAGAAGAGUUGCUGAACAUAAUCAGAACUAUUCUCAAGAUGGAGUUACUGAGGCUAUCUGGACAAGUGGAUCGUCAAAAAGUGGACCUCUUCAGGCAGUUUCUAGGGAGUCUACAAGAGUAUCAAGAAGAACACCAAGGAAAAGGGUGGAAACUACAGCACAGUUGCCUGUAGAUGAUGCAGUAAUGUCAGAGGGUACUCCCAUAGCUGAAACUAUAGUGGCUUCAAGCAACGAGACCCUACAGGUUGUCAAUAGGGUGCCUGGAAAUUUCAAGCAUGCAGCUCCUACACUGUCAAUCAGUGAAUUCUCAGACUUGCCCAGAAGAACACCAAAGAAACCAUUGAUGACAGCUGAAGUGGUGGAGAAAACACUAGCAGAAGAACGAAGAGUAGAAAGAGAUAUUCUUAAGGAAAUGUUCCCAUAUGAAGUAUCAACACCUACAGGAAUUAGUGCUAGCUGCCGCAGACCAAUCAAAGGAGCUGCUGGCCGACCUAUAGAGCUCAGUGACUUCAGAAUGGAGGAAAGCUUUUCAUCUAAAUAUGUUUCAAAAUAUGUUCCUUUAGCAGAUGACAAACCAGAGAAACCAGUAACAAAAAAACGCUCCAUUCCCAUGUGGAUAAAGAUUCUGCUGUUUGUUGUUGUGUCAGUCUUCUUAUUUGUGGUUUAUCAAUCUAUGGAAACCAACCAAGGAAAUCCUUUUUCUAAAUAUCUUGGUGUCCCUGAGGCAAAGAUCCAAGCUGAUUGAUCAUCUCCUAUGGCACACCCAACUUGAUCUGUGUUUUUUUUAAUUGUAGAAAAAAAGAACUCUUCUUCCCUACUGUUGUCACAAGGACUGCUUACAACUGUGAUUGCAACUUGACAAAUUGAAUAACGAAGCAUAAAUAAACAAGACAGUAUAAAUGGACAUCAGUAACUUUUUCUGGACUAGUAGGAGAUAACUUUGUGCCAUAUGAGUAACAUUUUUUUAGAUCUCUGGGACUUUUUGUAGUCUUUAUUUUUUUAAUGUGGACAUCUUUAAAUUCAUUUUUGAGAAACUGUAUAUUGUUUUUGCAAACUUGGAAGCUGAGAAGGGCAAAAAUGUAGUAAAAUGUGAAGCUGUGUUUAAAUGCUUUGACUACGUACAGAAAAGAGGUUGUACUUUUUUUCUCUACUACACAAUGUGGGGGUAAGGAGGGAGGAGAUAUUAUUAACCUGACAAAGGGAAAUGCAUCCUUGGAUGCAUUUUAUUGUAACUGUUCAGCUGAAUUUGAUAUAUUGUAGCUUGUAGGGAAAGUCUGGCAAUAAACUCUUCUGUAAUACUGUAACUUUUUAGUAAAUGUAACUGUAACCCUGCUGUAUUCAUUUCUGUAAGGUCUAAGUAACUUUAGUAACUCCACUUAAGAAUAACAUCGUUUUUUAAUUGUAGCUCUUAAUUUUAGUGCUUAAUACUGUUGUAGGAACCUAAUAAUUACAGAUCUAAUUGGCAACAGAUCUGUCUUUAUAGAGGAACUUAUUUAUUAGUAAUCUGUGUGAAAAUAAAAUUUGCAUCAAAUAUAAUUUGCUACCAAAAUAUUCUUUUAAUCUGUUUUUUGUUUAUUGAAGGACUCAAAGUCUAAAGCACUGUGCUACAUCUUAAAUCUUUCACCAGCAUGAUUCAGACUGCAGAUAAAAUUACUGCAGGGCUAGGUUCUUCAAACAAAAUUUGUCAAGUCUUUCCCACGGCUUAAGAUGAUACUCCUUGCAGAUGUUCACGUAAAAAUGCGUUGCUUCUAUAAUCAUCUUGGAUACUCCCUAUAUCAUGAAGUUUCAUGUUUGAUGUGAAGAGGGCAUUGUUAUGCUUUGACUUAAUUUAGGUUAAAAUUACUCAUCUUGGAUUCAGUUGAUUAUUUUCUUUUUUCAGUGGAAAUGUCUAAACAUUCUCAAUUCCGUAACUUAGUUACAGGCAACAGAUUUUUCCACAACCAGUGAAGUCUGAAAUAAAAAUAGAAUAUAAAGUGAAUGUAUAAAAUUGGUGCACUUAAGUCUGCAACAUAUUGCAUAUUCUAUUCAAAAUUACAAUUGUAACCUUAUAAAAGUGGUACUUUUUUAAAAAAAAAAAAGCUUAGGAUAUAAAUUAAUAUAGUCGUAUCUUUUUUACUGUAACUAGAUACAAUGUAAUAAUAAUUAGUUCAUAGUUGCUCUUAUGGAAACUCUUACUUGCUAUGUACUUGAGGCAACUUUUACUUAUAUUUGGUAGCAAAGCAAUAGUUUUUUGUCUAAAAUAAAUGCUUUAAUUCUUUUAAUUUCUGUUUUUAAUCAAAUAGUAAAACUUGUGUUCAUCCUCUAGAAAAUUGUAAUGGAAAACAUUAAUUUUUUGGUGUCAAACUGUGGAAAAAUAAAGAUGUAAUGUGUACUUCAGUGCUUAUUUUCAUAAGAACUGAAAUCAAUUACUUUUAAUGUGCUGUCUUGUGGUAUUGCUAGAACGUAUUCUAUAUGAAGGGCUUUGCUUUUGCUUCUAAUCUAAAAUGUGUAGAAAUAUAUAACGUUCUAAAGUUCUCUGCCACUGAAGUAAAAAAUUUUAAACAUUCCCAAAAUAAAAUUUCACUGUGUAAUAAU